CCGCCGGCCGCCAUCAUGGAGGAGGAGGAGGAGGAGGAGGAGGAAGGGGCGGAGGCGGGCGCGGCGGGCGGGGCCGCCGGGCGGGGCGGGGCCGGUCCCGUGACCGCGGGAGCUGAGGGAGCCAUGGGGCCGCUCCGAGCUGGGGUCGCGCUGUCCGCGCUGCUGCUGGCGGCAGGUGUAGUUCUGAGGCAGCCCCGAGAGCCUAAAGAGCUGUGGGGAUAUGUGGAGGUUCGGAGCAAGGCCCACAUGUUCUGGUGGCUCUACUAUGCAAAUAACCCAACCCAAGACUUCACAGAGUUACCUCUUGUUUUGUGGCUCCAGGGGGGUCCAGGAUCUUCAGGCUGUGGAUAUGGGAACUUUGAAGAGAUUGGCCCAUUAGACAAAGCAAUGAAACCAAGAAAUACAACCUGGCUGCAGGCAGCCAGUAUCUUGUUUGUGGAUAAUCCUGUGGGCACUGGAUUCAGUUAUGUGGAUGAUUGUAGCUUGUUUGCCCAAAACCUUACCACAGUGGUUUCUGAUAUGAUGGUUUUUCUUGGAGAAUUCUUCAAGUGUAGAACAGAAUUCCAGACCAUCCCAUUCUACAUAUUUUCUGAAUCUUAUGGAGGUAAAAUGGCUGCUGGGGUUGCUUUAGAGCUGCACAAGGCUGUUCAAAAAGGGACCAUAAAGUGCAAUUUCAUGGGGACUGCUCUUGGAGACUCCUGGAUUUCUCCUUUGGACUCUGUGCUGUCCUGGGGGCCCUACCUUUACAGCACUUCUCUCCUUGAUGAUAAUGGUCUAGCAGAGGUGACUGCUGUUGCCAAAGAAAUAAUGGAUGCAAUAAAUAAAAAUCAGUAUGGGCUGGCCACCGAGCUCUGGGGCAAGGCUGAAGGAGUCAUUGAAGAGAACACAGACAAUGUGAACUUUUAUAACAUCUUGACUAAGGAGGUUCCAGAAGUGAAAUCAGAUGAACAAGAAAAUCUCCAUUUCAUGCGGCUUUACCAGCGCCACGUCAGAAAGAUGCACCAGAGCAGCCUCGAAGAGCUGAUGAAUGGGCCCAUCAGGAAGAAGCUGAGGAUCAUUCCUGACUGUGUGAAGUGGGGAGGUCAGUCCAGAAAGGUCUUUGAGAACAUGGCUGAGGACUUCAUGAAACCUGUCAUUGAUAUUGUUGAUCAGCUUUUGGCAGCCAAUGUCAAUGUUACAGUCUACAAUGGGCAGCUGGACCUCAUUGUUGACACCAUGGGCCAGGAGGCAUGGAUCCGCAAACUGAAGUGGCCUGAUCUGCACCAGUUCAGCCAGAAAAGGUGGAAGGCUCUGUAUGUGUCUCCAGAAUCCACUGAGACAGCUGCUUUCCACAAGGCCCAUGAGAACUUGGCUUUCUUCUGGAUUCUCAAGGCUGGGCACAUGGUACCAGCUGACCAAGGAGAGAUGGCCCUCAAAAUGCUCAGGAUGGUGACCCAGCAGCAGCACUAGGGCACGGGAGGUCAGCUGGCCUGGCGUCCUGCCCAGCACUGGGGCUCUGGAGGAGUGUCAGUCUGGGAUCCUAAGCCAAAGAAGGCAUGGUUGGACACACAGCCUCCCUCAUCUUACUGAUACUGUGCAAAAGUGCUGGUGGAGAGGAUUUUUUUCCUUGAAUGAGUUAUUGCUUUUGAUCUUUUAAGCUGCGAUUUGCUGCCUUAACACUGUUCAUAAAUGACUCUUCCAGAGGGAAGUCCCCUGUCAAAGAACAAGCCCUGAACCUUUGCCUUGGAAGGGUUUUGUGCUCUUACCCUUCCCUGAAUACACCCUUGUCUGUUUGCACACCAAGAGUAAAACUGAUUUGACUUGAUUUGCUUUGUGUUCCUCUGGGAGAGCCAAGUGCUUCAUGAGGCUGUGGAAUGUUCCUUCCCUUGUCCUCAGGCUUCUGCUUGAGUACCUGGCUGGAUUACAAACUGAAGACAUGGAAAUGCCAGGACAAAGGACCUGCCCUAGAGGAAUCACAGCCCAUCUCAUCCUGCUGAGGUGCCUGAAUUGGGAUCCAGGAUUCUUCAGACUUCCUGUGCUAUGGAGAGAGAAAAACAUCCCAGAGGAGGAUUUGACCCUUUUCAUCUGAGCAUUUGUUUCUUAUUUCCAUUCUUAAUGCCUGCCACUCAAACUUUGCCUUUCUCCUCAACACCUAAAGCACAUCCAGCAGGAAUUCCUGCUUUUCUGUAUCCUGAAGCAGAAGGCCUGUUAAUACCCUCUUGUACCAAAGAGUCCCAACAGACAGAAGCCUCUUAAAACCUUCUGGGUUUAGCCAGAAGGAAAGGAGCAUUAUUUGAGCAAUAACAGCAUAAUUCUGAAAGAUGAUAGGAGCGUUUAAAAAAAGGAUACACAAAAUCUUGAUCCAUGUCUUAGAGAUUUUUUUAAGUCUUGGAGAGAACUAUUUUUUUGAAUUUUUUUUUUUUGAUAAUCCAUAGUCAAGAGGAGACUUGGUCAGACAUCAUGUGACUUUUGCUGUGGAGCAUGAAGUAGUUGUUUUUUGUUGGUGUCUGAUAGGAGGCACAACAGCUCCUUCCAGCUGUCAGAAUCCUAAAUAAAUACCAACCUCUCAAUUACUGCAGCCCCUGAAACUGUCAUGAAAUACCUGCUAGCAUUGUCUUAGCAUUGUGCCUCAGUUCUUGCUGUGUGGGCACACAUGCAGUCACCCAGCAGCUGCACUACUGGCACAGAAUCAUCGCUUUCCUUUUUCAUGUUCCCUCCUGCAUUCUUGGAACUUUACCAAUGGGAAUCCACAUUUUGUUUUUUAAAAACCUUUUUCAGUAAAUAGUUCUAAUUCAUCUCUCUUCAGCAUCACAUUGAUUUCACUGCUUGAAAGUGACAUCUUUUCUGUUUUGACUUUUAGAUAAACAAGAGGAGGUUGCUACCAGUGUUAAAUUUACAUAUCUGCAUUCUUGGAAUAUUUUUAAAUAUUUUGCCUAGCAAAUCAGUAUGUUUUUGCCUGGGUAAUGCCCUGGUUUGGGCUGGGAUAGAGAUAAUUUUCUUCCUAGUAGCUAGUAUGGGCUAUGUUUUGGAUUUGUGCUGGAGAUGUUGAUAACACAGGGUGGUUCUAGUUGUGGCUGAGCAGUUCUGACAAAGCCUCUUCUGCCCUCACCAGUGGGAGCAGAAGGAGUUGGAGGGGACACAGCCAGGACAGCUGACCCUAACUGACCCAAGGGACGUCCCAGGCCGGGUGCUGUCAUGCACAGUAGCACCACCACUAGCUGUAUUUCAAGGUCUAGAAAGAAACUAGAGUGGCACGAUGUAAAAUAUUUAUUUUGCAUAGUUCAUGAGUCAAAUGAAGAAGCUGCCAAAUAGGUCUGAUUAAACAAGUACUUAGAUACACCAGUAAGGAAAAUACUCCACUGGUGCAUGUCCUACCUAGAAGUGGAGAAGCAGGGAUGAGCAAGGAGCAGUGCCAGCUACACCACUGGAAAUAAAAAACAACCUCCUGGAUUCAGCCCUACAACCUUCACCUUGGCAGAGCAGCUGCCCAGCAAGCGUGGCACGUUUUUGGUUCACUAUUGUGAUUUUAGCCCCCCUGGGACACUCCCAGCUUUAAGAUCACAGACCUUCACUGACAGCAUCUCAUCCCAAUUCUCCCAUGUUCAGUGCUAUCAAAUCAUCUCCCUGAUGAUAUUUGCUCGACACACUCAGCUGUCCAUAAUGACAGCUUCUACAACAGCUCCAGCUCUCUUAUCAGCUUCAUUCUAGUGCUUGCUGGCACUCAGGCUGCCUGUGACAGCUCUUGGGCUUCAGCACUAAUUCCCCAAACCAUAGUGUCUAAACCCAAAUCUUCCCCUGCACCCACCCCUUCCAAAUAAGUGCAAGAUUGACACGGAUUUUAAUGCUGACAGUUUUGGUUUAAGUCCAUGUUGCCCCUUACUUGCGCUGUCUAGACCAAGUUCCUUCAUCUUCCAGCAGAAGAUAAAGGAGAGUCAGUGGAAAUUAACUGGGUUUCAUGAAACUGAGCACAACCCUCUGACGUGUGGGAACUCCCCUCUGGUCAUGACAAACAGGAAUAUUCUUUUAUUUUUUCUUUCCUGCCACAGUAUUUAUUGUGACUCCACUUGUGGGUGUGCACAGCUGUCCACCUGCUCACAGAGAGGGGAGUCAGAGCAAGGAGUCACUGAGACAACCUCAGCAAAUGAGGUGGGACAGUGACACUGCUGUGCUGUGAGCCUUUGAAGGGGCUGAACUCAGAGCAGUUAGACUGACAGGAGCUGAUUCCACACAGGUGUCCUCCCACAGCUCUAAGGGGUACAAAGUUUUUGAAUGGGUGUCAUCAAGGGGUGUGCUGAGCUCAAUCCCCAAGUAACCUGAAGAGUUCAAGGGUCUCAAGAUAAAAGCUAAACAUCCCCACAUCUUAAGAAUCCUGCUCUAACUAGACAGCUUCAGAGAAGUUUGCUGAUCAAAUAUUCUGCUUCCCUUUUCCCUUUCACAUCUCCUCAUAUCUCUUAAGAAAUUUGUUGCUUCCCAAGGUUCAUGUCUGAUCUCUGCACUUUGAUUUUUUUUUUCCCAGACUGGAAAGACCAUUUAGUACAUCAGUGAGGGAAAGGAGAACUCUUCCAUGGGUUUUUUUUUGUAAAAAUAAAGGAAGAUCAAAGUGG